GUUUCGUUUGAUUUUACAUUUAUUUGAAUCAGACUCUGUCUGAACACAGUUUUUUUAGCAGCAGAAGAAUCUACUGACUGUUCUCUACGGGAACUACAUUUUAUCCAAGAGGUUGGGGACGUGGAGCUAGCCAUGGCAUGUUUUACCAGAUCCAUGGCAUUUUGUCGGUCUGGGUCACAGCCCUGGCGGAUUUCGUACCGUCACUUAUCCUCAAGUCCUACUAACAAGCCAUGCAUUGGAAUAAGACGAGAGGAAAGCAGUGUUUGGGAAAGAAGGGCUCCUCUGGCUCCUCACCACGUUAGAACACUGACGAGGGAUGGAUUUCAAGUGGUGAUUCAACCUUCAACUCGACGUGCUUAUAGCAUGUUCGAGUAUAUCGACGCUGGAGCUGAGCUUAGCGAGGAUCUGUCGGUUGCUGAUGUUAUCCUUGGCGUGAAAGCUAUGCCCGUAGAAUGCCUGGAAAUGCUGUCGAAUAAGACGGUCGCAUUCUUCUCGCACACGAUCAAGGCACAAGAAAGCAGUAUGCCGCUACUUGAUGGUUGCAUUGAAAAGAAUGUGCGCAUCCUCGAUUAUGAAAAGAUCCUCGCCGAGAGUGGUCAGCGUAUUGUUGCAUUUGGCCACUUUGCUGGAACUGCAGGUAUGAUCAACAUCUUGCAUGGUGUGGGACUGCGACUUUUGGCCCUUGGAUUCCACACUCCUCUUAUGCAUAUCGGCGGUGCUCAUAACUACUCCAGUACAAGUGCGGCGAAGGCAGCCAUAGCCAAUGUCGGUCGCGAGAUUCAGUACGGCCUGAUGCCAAAGAGUAUGCAUCCACUGACGUUCGUCUUCUCGGGAAAUGGCAAUGUAUCCCGGGGUGCCCAAGAGGUGUUUAAGCAGCUACCAGUUCAAUGGAUCCAGCCAAAGGAUUUGGAAGCUGUUGCAAAGUCCGGAGAUAACCGUCGCUUCUACGGGUGCAUUGUGGAUCGUUUUGAUCACCUCUACCGCACAGAAGGUGGUGGAUACAAUGAUGAGGAGUUCCUAGAAUUCCCAGAGAGAUAUUCCUCCAAUUUUGUUGAGAAGGUUGCUCCCCACAUGUCCGUACUUAUGAAUGGUAUCUACUGGACGCCUGCACACGCUAGGUUAUUAACAAAACAGAACAUCUACCCCCUGCUGCAGAAGAGGGGACCAGUGCAUCAUGGCCUUGGAGGCAUGCCCAGUCGUCUUCUGGCUAUUGGUGAUAUCAGCUGUGAUCUGGGUGGUUCUAUUGAAUUCAUUACCAGGAGUACAACGCUCGACAACAUGUUUGAAAUCUAUGAUGCCGAGUCUGACAACUACACAACAGACUUCUCUUCAGAUGGUAUUCUGUACAUGUCGAUCGACAACUUGCCUGCUCAGCUGCCGAGAGAAGCUACUGACUUCUUCGGUGACCAGCUAUUGGCAUUUGUACCUGAACUUGCUCGUGCAGAUUGGAGUAAAUCUUUGGACGACGUUCAGAUAUCAUCCUCGCUGAAAGAUGCCAUGAUCACUUAUGACAAAUCCUUGACACCUGGAUACAAGUACAUCGACGACCUCCGUGCUGCACAAGACUAGCUAGCUACAGAUGAGUAGACUAUCCGCCAGGUUAAAACUCCCGUGACAACAAGUUUGCAAGCCAGCAGCUAGUGUUCUAUAGCAGUGGAAGGGUGCCACGCAUUCGUCUUUCAUUAAUGGAAGACGCCAACACAGGGAUUUCCAAAGCGAGCCGGCCCGUGGCCCAUUGCUGCUUCGCCUGACGGGGGCAAGCUUCCCUGCAUGUGAACAUGCUCUGAUGUUCUAGCUUUCACACUGCUCUGAUGUUCUAGUUUUCACAUUGCUCUGAUCUGCUUUCAGUGGUGAUGCAAGCUGUGCUCCUCUCUCGUCAGCCAUGUUGUACCGCUAUGCUUGCACAACUGUGUUCAAGUUCAUGUUGUACCACGUGCAGUGUGUUUGCACAGACAGCACUGUUAUCAUAGUUAUCAGCGGUACAACCAUGACAAGCUGUAGCAAAGAGCUUAGUUUCUAACAAGUUAGGAGUGUGUAUUUUUUUAUAUUUAUUUUAUCGAUGAAUAACCUUGAUGUUUGAGUACAAUAUUGUGUCUCCUAGAUAAUUCACCUCCACAAGAAUAUCUUGAGUUUGUGCAGAAAUCAGUCACCGGAACGUAUCUGUGAAUGCACAGUGUUUAUUUUAACCCAGUCAUGUAUUUUGCUGAAUACCCCAUCUGAACACACAUUUGUUUACAUACCAGUUCAUACCCGGUAGCUAGGCACUUUUGCUCUAGAAGUGUCGACGUGUGGUUCA